AUGUGCGUAGGGCGCUAUAAGUAUCAUUCGUUUUAUUAUUUGCUGUAUAAUGCAGGUGAACCAAAGAAAAAACGAAGGAAAAAGGAGCAUUCAUAUGCAUUGUUGCUGGCAUAUCAAGGGAAAAGGUACUGUGGCAUGCAGGUGCAAAAAGAUCAACCAACAGUUGAAGGUGAGCUGUUCAAAGCAAUGGCGCAGUGUGGCUAUAUCCCAGAAGAAGAUAUCUUUUCACCAAUACGUUUUUCAUUCCAGCGAGCCGCUCGAACAGAUCGUAGUGUAUCAGCAGCCCGUCAAAUGUGCUCGAUGCGGCUCUUCCUGGAAAAUCAUGAGAAUUUCUUGAAAACUGCUACCGGUGAGCUGAAUAAGCAUUUACCGGAUGAUGUCCGCGUCUUAGGUGUCAGACGUGCAAUUCGUACUUUUACGGCACACAGGGAUUGUGAUAAACGAACCUAUUCAUAUACUUUGCCAACAUUUGCCUUUGCUAGACCAGAUGAGUUAACAACCAGUAAAUAUCGCAUCAGCGAAAUCUCGAUUGCUGAUUUGAAUGAUGUGCUUGCAAUGUACAAAGGCACUCAUAACUUCUUCAAUUACACUUCUGGGAAGUUAGUCAGUUUUUACAGAACUUUAUCCUGA